CCAAAUCAGAUUGAACAAUGAAGAAUGAACAUAAUGUUUUCAAUAUCAGAAUAUUUUGGAAGGUACGACCGUACGAGUCCGCUGUAAAAGAAUUACGUGUAGCAAUAAAAAAUAAGUCCAGCUUUGCAAUCAAUUAUGGAUGUCUCAACUUGCAAGACUGUUGAAUUGCCAAUUACAAUUGAUAAAAAAGAUCUCAUCAACAAUUUGUGGGAGCUCAUAUUUAUUUUGAAGCCCCAAUGGGACCAAUCUAAUGUUAAACACAAAAUUUUCAGUGAUGGAAUAACAAAUUCUUUAGUGGGAGUUUUUCAAAUUAAUGACAAACAUAAUAUGAUACUUGUACGUGUGUUUGGAGAAAAUACUGAAAAAAUCAUUGAUCGGAAUGCAGAGCUAAAAAAUAUGAAGAUUCUUCAUACAUUGGGGUUUGGUCCAGCAUUGUAUGCAUCUUUCUCCAAUGGAUUAGCUUAUCAAUACUUACCUGGUGAAAUACUGACAGUCAAAACUUGUUUGAAUGAAAAAAUUUAUCCAAAGGUUGCAGAAAAAAUGGCUCAGUUCCAUCUACAGUAUGAUAAUGUGAAGGAACGAUUGCCCACUGAGGAGAGAAAUUCAUUUGGUCAAUCUAUCCUGUGGACCAAAUUAAUGAAUUUUAUUAAACUCUGUCCUGAAAAGUAUUGUUCAGGUGACACUUCAAAAGAUAAACUGUUGGAAGAACUGAAGUGGUUAGAAGGAACACUUGUACACUUAAAUAAUCAUUUGGUGUUUUGCCACAAUGAUUUGCUACUAGCCAACAUACUCUAUGACAAAGAUCAAAAUGUCAUUGCAUUUAUCGAUUUUGAAUAUGCAGGUCCAAACUAUCAGGCAUAUGAUAUUGCCAAUCACUUCUGUGAGUUUUCAGGUGUCGAAGAUUUCAACACGUCUCGCUACCCAGAUGAAGAAUUUAGGAAAAACUGGGUGACUUGCUAUUUGAAGACCUUUUGUGGAGGUCAAGAUGUUGGGAAUGAAACUGUGCAGCUGUUACUUCAUCAUAUCGAACUGUUUACUCUUGCAAGCCAUUUUUUCUGGGGAGUUUGGUCACUCAUUCAAGCUGCUAAUUCCUCUAUUGAUUUUGACUUUGAAAAGUAUUCUUCUUUGCGUCUCAAUGAAUAUUUUAAGAAGAAAAUUUUCCUUCGUGAAAACCAAGAAUGAGAACCGGUAGUGCAGUGUGUGAUGGAAAACUCAUUCUUUUACGGGAACCCUGAUUAAACUUAUUCACUCUACUUCAGGAUCCAUUCCACACACAUUUCUCUUAAUAAACACUCGGAAGGACGAUUUAUCAUUAUCAACAUCGUGGUUGUUUUUGUCAACAAUGAAUUUUCUUUUUUUUUAUUUUUAAGUGCACUUUUUCCAAUAGUUGAUUUACCUAUUUUCUCAUUAAAUAUUACCAAUUUGUUAUUUCAUCCAGUUUCUUACACAUAAGUGACAACUAAAACUGCCGAUUGUCGAAUUUUCUCUUUGAACUUAUUGAUCUGAUUCUUGCCAUAAUACUUUUAUAGGAAAUUCAAAAAAUUAUAAGCCAAAAUGUUAUUGCGAUUUGACCCUAUCCCAAAAAAAUAAACGUAGUUUUCGUGGGGCAA